AUGCCAGGCCCGGCCGCCGACGCGGGGAAGGUCCCCUUCUGCGACGCCAAGGAGGAAAUCCGUGCCGGGCUCGAGAGCUUGGAGGGCGGCGGCGGGCAGGAGAAGCCAGGCGCGCGCGGGCGGCGGCAGAACAUCGUCUGGAGGAACGUGGUCCUGAUGAGCCUGCUCCACUUGGGGGCCGUGUACUCCCUGGUGCUCAUCCCCAAAGCCAAGCCGCUCACUCUGCUCUGGGCCUUCUUCUGCUUCCUCCUGACUGCUCUGGGUGUGACAGCUGGUGCCCAUCGCUUGUGGAGCCACAGGUCCUACAAGGCCAAGCUGCCUCUGAGGAUAUUUCUGGCUGUUGCUAACUCCAUGGCUUUCCAGAACGACAUCUUCGAGUGGGCCAGGGACCACCGAGUCCACCACAAGUACUCCGAGACAGACGCUGACCCCCACAACGCCCGCCGGGGCUUCUUCUUCUCCCACAUCGGGUGGCUGUUUGUUCGCAAGCAUCGAGACGUCAUCGAGAAGGGGAGAAAGCUUGACUUCACCGACCUGCUUGCUGAUCCUGUGGUCCUGUUCCAGCGAAAGUACUACAAGGUCUCUGUGGUGCUCAUGUGCUUUGUGGUCCCCACGCUGGUGCCCUGGUAUGUCUGGGGAGAGAGCGUGUGGAAUUCUUACUUCUUGGCCUCCAUCCUCCGCUACACCAUCUCACUCAACAUCACCUGGCUGGUCAACAGCGCCGCCCACAUGUAUGGAAACCGUCCCUACGACAAGCACAUCAGCCCUCGGCAGAACCCAUUUGUCACUCUGGGCGCCAUUGGUGAAGGCUUCCACAAUUACCAUCAUACCUUUCCCUUUGACUACUCUGCAAGUGAAUUUGGCUUAAAUUUCAACCCAACUACCUGGUUCAUUGACCUCAUGUGCUGGCUGGGGCUGGCCACCGAUCGCAAACGGGCAACCAAGCCAAUGAUCGAGGCCCGGAAAGCCAAGACUGGAGACGGCAGCUCCUGA